AUGCCGCUGCACACUACGGAAGAUCCAGCGGAACCGCACACGCUGCGGCCGCUGGAUGCCAUUCGGGAGGAUUUCUUGAUCUUUUGGGCAUCUCGUGAUGAAACCGGGAAACCCUGGUGUCCGGAUUGUAUCGCUGUCGAUAAUAUCAUCCAGAACACCUUCCAGCCACCUACAGGCCCUUCAGCGCUCCUGGUUUAUGUCGGACAAAGACCAGAGUGGAAGAGUCCAUCCAAUCCAUUUCGCGGAGAACCAUGGCAGGUGGAGUCAAUUCCUACGAUUAUCAGACUUCGAGAUGGCGCUAGACUCGUGGAGAAGGAAAUAGAACACAGCCUCGCCUCGUUUCUCAAGGAUAAAUCCUAUUAA